AACCCAACAACAGACAAAACUAACCUCAACGCUCCACCUCCUCAUCCCGCGACUGCGGCUCCUCCAAAAGAAAUCCACCGCCAGCUCGGUAAUCCAACGCCGCGAACUCUCGCAGCUGCUCGCCGAGAACAAGGACGCGAGCGCCCGCAUCCGCGUCGAAAAUGUCAUCGCCACCGACAUCGCCGUCGAGGUUAUGGAGAUGGUGGAGCUGUACUGCGAGCUGAUCCUGGCGCGGGCGAACGUGCUGGACCAGAAUGCGUUCAGCGAGAAGGGCGUGGAGGCCCGGAAUCGGGCGAAGGAGGCGUGGGUGGAGAUGAGGCGGAAAGAGCAGGGUUUGGGAGCUGGUUCGGGGUCUACACCUGAUGCUGCGGGUGCGAAGAAAUCGGGAUUCGGAUUCGGGGCGCUUUUCGGUGGGGGGUCGAAGAGGGAGGAGGAUACGGUGUCCGCGGCGUCGACUUUGGGGCUGCAGAGUGCUGGGGAUGCGGCGUAUAUUGAUGCGGCGCUCGACGAGGCCGCGGCGGCGAUCUUCUAUGCAUAUCCGCGGUUUCCGUCGGAUGUGAGGGAGUUGACCAUUCUGAGGGGAUUGUUGGCGGAUCGGUAUGGGAAGGAGUUUAUGACGCUGGCGCAGGAUGAUCGGUUUCCGGAGGCGGAUGGGUUGAGGGUGCCGGAGAGGUUGGUGAAGGGGUUGCGGGUGCGGCCUCCGUCGCAGGAGUUGGUGGAGAGUUAUUUGAAGGAGAUUGCGAGGGCGUAUGGGGUUUCGUGGGGAGGCAAUGCGGAGGAGCUGGGGGACGCGCCGACGGAGUUUGUGGAUGAUGAUGACGAUGCUACUGCUGGGGGUGAUUUGCCGGUGACGCCGCGGAAAGAGGGCCGACCAGCUGAUGCAGAACGGAGGAUGUCUGAGACGGCGGAGUUGAAUCGUGCGACGCCGCCCAAGGGCUUGCAGUCUGGAAAGAGUCCGGUCAGUGUUGCGCCGCCGGGACCCCGGUCCGAUAACCCGAAUCCGCGUGUGAAGGUUCCGGAUGGGAAUGGGAAGGGGGAGGCCGAGGUGCAACCCAGGAGUCCCUCGAAGACGAGCAAAGGAGGGAUACCGGAGUUGGACGAGUUGACCAGACGCUUUGCGGCGCUGAAGAGGUAG